CAUGCCCUUGACGCUGAGCCCGUAGACGUCCUGCAGCCUCAUCAACGCCCUCGCCGCUCCUUCCAGGUCCUCGGCUCCGGGCAAUUCUUGCUGCACCUCCUCGAAACCAUCAUGGAGAGCUUGGGGAGAAGGAAUACUGCGGUCGAGCUGGCUACAACGGGACUCUAUAAAAUGGGUGACGGAAGCAAUUAUGCCACUAACUGCUUUCCUGCCAGAAACAUUUUGCACAGCAGUAAAGAAGGGGCUGGGCGCUGGCUGCUGGCACCCAUCGCCACCCCGCGGGCCUGGGCUGAGCCAGGAACCACCAGGGAGACAGCACAGCAGAGGAGAAAGCCCCCACGUUCUGCCCCUGUGGAAGAAAAUAAUGAAGACAAUGUCCUGGAUGAGCCAUUUCUGAUGAAGCACCACUGUUUGAAGAACCCUUCUGACCUGUGUUCCGUGAACAUAAGCAGCCAAAAUCUGGUCUCUGCUAAAGAAGAUGAUUUUGAGAAAUUCGAUUGUGUUGCUUUUAUAAAUGCUGCUGAAAACCUGCUGACAUUAGAGCCAUUUCGGAAGUUUCCGGGGCUGCGGGAGCUGGAACUUUCCUUGAACGGCCUAAGAAAUCUGAAAAUCACUGCUGGAGACUUCCUGCAUUUAGAAGACCUGGAUCUCUCCUAUAACAACUUAUCCUCUGAGGAUAUUUGGACGUUGGGGGAUUUGUCCCAGCUCAAGACCCUUCGCUUGACGGCCAACGGGCUUCGGACGCUGCCUCCAGACCUGGCAGGCUCCUGGCACGCUGCUCAGUUAAGGUUUCCAGCUCUAGAGGUCCUGGUGCUGGAUGACAAUCACCUGUCAGACCCGAGCGUCUUCGUGAGCCUCUCUAAUCUCUGCAGCCUGAGGGAACUGAAUCUGGACAGAAACGGGAUUUCAGCGGUCCCCUACCUGCGCCAAGCAGAGAGCAGGCACUUCUUCCUCCACCCCGCGCUGGACGACGGCACUUUUAGGGCAGAGUGGUACCGGUCCCUGAGCAGCCUCCGGCAGCAGCCCCAGCACCAGGGCACGGAGGUGCCAGAAGAGCUGGAAGGGAAGAAAAGGCAGCUUGAAUAUUUCGUGUCACGGAACAACGGGGAUCCAGCCAGGAGGGAGGUCCUGCUUAAUUCUGGCUUUCAGGGAUGCCCGGUGCUGGGUGUUUCCAGGGACAGGGGAACCACCUGCCUCGAAGACUCUACCUGCUCCCCCAGUGCACAGAGACGUUUGUGCUCCAUUUCCAGAACUGCAGCGCCUCAGCCUGGCCUUCAACAAGAUUGCAGCUGAGACAGCCCUCUUACCCGUGGCUUUCUUCCCGAGGCUGAAGGAGCUGACGUUCCACAACAACCCCCUCACCACCACCCGGAGCGGGCAGCCGCCUCUGCUGACCCGGCUCCUCCAGCAGAGGUUGGGGAUUAAACUCGU